AUGCCUAACGUAUCCUUCGACAUCUUUUUCGACAAGGACUUUAUCAACAUCACUGCCACUCGAGGCCAACACGCCCCCAAAGCCAAACCCGAGUGGAAAAUCCGGACAGCCCCCAAACUCCCUCCCAAGCCACAGCCCGAGGACCUCAACCGAACUCCUCGGCCGCCGCCGCGUGACAAGUUGGUGCACAGUCGGCAACCGCAGAAGCAAUUGACAGCACCCCCUGCACAGGAACAAGAGAAAUCUGACAAGGCUGACAAGGCCGACAUCUCCUCUGCCAGUUCUCAGGCCGGUGACCAGCCGAGAAGAAAGCCGCCUAAGCUCGGACCCAGAAAGUCCACCAACACGUCGACCACGCCGGCCGCACCUUUUUAA